GAAAUUAAAACCUGAGCAACUACGAAAUUUGGCGAUGUUAUCAACAAAGAGAAAAGCACUAGACACUGGCCUACAGAGGCGCGUGAGAGCAAGAAGAGAGGCUUCAGAAGAAAUUGAAGAAUCUUCUUCAGAUUCUGCUCCGUCAGAAACCGGUAAAAAUGAUGCGGAAGGAGGAAGUUCCAGCGACGAGGAAGUAGAUGAUGACGAUGAUGAGGAAUUAUCUGAAUCUGAAGAAGAGGCAUCCAAUGGCGCGGCCUCGAUCUCUUUCGGCGCAUUGGCUAAAGCACAAGCUACCAUGUCCAAACCCAGUAAAAGGGACUCGAAAAAUUUAAAAAAGAGUAAUGGUGAUGGAUGGGAAGAUAAUGAAGCUACCGAACGUAAAGCCGGAAAGAAGGACCAACGAGACUUUACCCGCAGCAGCAAAAAUGCACCUACCGAAGUCUCCAGUAAGAAAGCCGUAUCCCGUCGCAGAGAAGUCGUACCUGUCAAGAAAAGGGAGAUUCGAGACCCACGAUUUGAGCCGACAAAUGGUCCGGUUGAUAUGCAAAAGAUUGAAAAGAACUACGAUUUCUUGGUUGAUUAUCGAGAGGAUGAAAUGAAGAAAUUAAAGGAGACGAUUAGGAAAACUAAGGACGAAGACGAGAAGGAGAAGUUGAAGAGGGAAUUGUUGCGUAUGGAGAGUAGAAAGAAGACGGAUGCUAGGAAGAGAAAGGCUCGAGAGGUAUUAGACAAGCAUAGGAAAGAGGAGAAGGAAUUGGUAAAGGAGGGAAAGACGCCAUAUUAUUUGAAGAAGGCAGAACAAAAGAAGAGGGUUCUAUUGGAUACUUUCGGAGAGUUGAAGGGGAGACAAUUGGAUCGGGUCAUCGAGAGGAGGAGAAAGAAGGUGGAGGGAAAAGAAAAGAAGAAUAUGCCGAGAGCGAGAAGAAUGGUCGAUUAGGCAGGUUGGGAUCAAGGUUGGUUCGCCAGUGGAUAAUUACAAGAGGAAUAAUGAGAUAUACCCUUAUUGUCAAAAUUUACAUUCGUAUGAGGACUUUCAAUAAGUGUUCGCACUAAACACUACUUCGGGGUGUGAAGAAUCGCUUACAUGCUGGAAUCCAUGAAUGUUGAAGGCAGUAGGUACAACUAAUGGUUAAAAAUGCCAAUUUGCUUAAUUUCACUUAAGAAAUUGCAUAUGAUAUUGGUACUAUCCAUCCACAUACCCACAGUUGAGUUUCAGGAUGAGAAGUAUAUUUCCACUCUAGGGUUCUCGCAAUCAGCACUACUUGUGUUUGCUCUUCCUUUGUAUGUCAACAAUCUCUUUCUCCAAGUCUGCUUAUGAAGAUCCUCAUACUAUCAAGAGAGGUCCAUAAAAUUCCAACCA